AUGACUAAGCCCAAAGUGUCGGGCCAGUGCCCCAUAUGCCUCAAAGUUUUGCAGCAUACAAGCAAACACAUCCGCGAGGUGCAUCGCAUUAAAAACGCAAGGGAGAGGAGUAUACUGAACGCCAUAUCCACUGGCAGGGUUGACAUUGGAAAGGGAACAUGCCCGGUCCCAGGGUGUGGUCUCUUUAGGAGACGACUCUCCAACUAUAUAGAGGGCCACAGUGAUCUGCUCCCUGGCAGAAGGGAGGCCUACCAGCAGGUAGCCCGCAGGGAUGCCGCCUUGAAGCGGCUGUCGGAGCUGCGGGCUACCGACCCACAACCUCCCAUGGCCUCGGUGUUGGACCUUGCCUCUGAAUGCCGGAACCCCUCCUGCAUUCAGAGGGAGUUCAGGAUCCGGGAGUUGGAGAGCACUGACAAGGAGCCAGCCCAGGACGAAGAUGUCCAAGAGUCAGAGCAGUCUGGGGUAUAUGAGCCAGCGGUCCCCCUCGACCCAGAGGAGCCAGCGGUCCCCCUCGACUCAGAGGAGCCAGCGGUCCCCCUCGACCCAGAGGAGCCAGCGGUCGCCCUCGACCCGGCGGUCAUUAAUGACCACACCGCCGAGUGUGAAUGCUUCCUCUGCUUCCUCAGUACCUUCCUGUGA